AGUUGUAGAAAUGCAAGUUAUUCACCUUGAUGGUUAUCCUUAUUCAGUUUAUCACUAGUGCCGGUUGUUGAUUGCUAAAAUGUUUAUAUGUUUUAAUUCAUCAACAAACAGCUCGUCACACAGACUGACUGUUAUACAUGUACAUCGAAUCGUCAUUACUCACUUAUCCUAAUCGCUACGCCCAGAAACACGUAGUUUAAAUACUUGUCUUCCAAGAUGAUGUCGAAAAGAUGCGUUUGAGUCUUCUUUUAAUCGUCGUCUGGAUUGCGCACGUAUCCAGCGUUACUGAAGAGGACGAAGGCGUGAAAUACGCGAAUAGAUGUGAAGUUUGCAAAAUAUUAGCAGUGGAGCUGCAAGAUCGCCUGGAGGAGACCGGCAAGACACACGAAGUGAUUGAGACUGGCUAUGCUGUAGAUGAUGUCAAACCAAAGAAGAAGACUGAAUAUCAGAAAUCUGAGCUGAGAUUAGUUGAGUCUUUAGAGGGCGUUUGCGACCGUAUUCUGCAGUAUAAUAUUCACAAGGAGCGCGAGGAUAGCACUAGAUUUGCAAAGGGUAUGAGUCAAACAUUCCAAACACUGCAUGGCUUGGUGGACAAAGGAGUUAAGGUGGAAUUAGGCAUUCCUUAUGAGCUGUGGGACAAACCAAGUGUGGAAAUCACCAAUAUGAAGAAUCAGUGUGAGACUUUACUGGAGCAAAAUGAGGCAGAUAUUGAAGACUGGUACUUCAAGCAUCAAGGAAAACAAUCCUUGAAGCAAUAUUUAUGUGCAGAUCGAGCACUGAAAGGGCAAGAUGUCAGCUGUCUUAGAAAACUCAAAGGGGAGACGGGAAAGCGCAAACCCAACAAGCAGGAGUUGUAAAACGGUGGUAAUUUUCCACAUUUUCUAAUAUGUAGGCCGGAAAGUAUCAAAAAUGAGUCAGUGAAUACUUUCAUGCCAUUUUCUUAAUAAAAAUUUACUUAAAUAAG